AUGGACCUCGAUCUGGUUGCCUUGUAUUCUGAGCUGUUCUCUGGCUCCUCGACCGCUGCCACUACCUCCUGGGCACUGAUUCUUCCAUCUCCAGCCACAGCCCACUCAAUGUCCAAAUUGACAGUGGAUUGCAGAGGGCUGUUGAAAAGUUCUGCUGCAGAGGAAGCAUGGGAUUUUCUAGUAAAAGUUCUAGGAGAAAACCUGUUACUACUAAAAGAGCUGGACCUGAGUGGAAAGAUACAAGGAGACCAAGCAGUGAAGCAGCUCUCUGCUCUACUGAAGGAUUCACACUGCAUACCUGAGACAUUAAAGAUAAGAAACAGCAAUAUUACAGAAAUAGGCUGUGAGGCUCUGUCUGCAGCUCUUUGUUCAAAUCCUUCAUACCUGAAAGAGCUAGAUCUGAGUGGAAAUGGACUAGGAAACACUGGAGUGAAGUGGCUUUGUAUUCUACUGACGUGUCAGUCCUGUAAACUGCAUAAACUAAGUCUUUCAGAUUGCAGUUUAACAGAGGACGGAUAUGCUGCACUGGCUUUAGCUUUAAAAUCAAAGCCUUCACCAACCCUGAAAGAGCUGGAUCUCAGAGGAAAUGAUCCAGGAAACACAGGAGUGAAACAGAUCACUGACAUAUUCAAGGGUUCAGAAAAAACACUUAGGCUGUUGAAAACUAAAGCUGCAGAGGAUGGCCUCAAGUCUCUUAAAACCUUUUUUAAGGAAGACCCUUUACAAAUGACAGAGCUGAAUCUCAGUGAAAAAGAACCAAAAGAUAUCAGAGUAGAGCAGCUGUGUGCUCUAUUGAAAGAUCCACACUACAGACUGCAGAAACUCAGGCUGUAUAAAAAAGGCAGCAUCACAGAUCAAGACUGUGCUGCUUUAAUUUCUGCUAUAAGUGUAAAACCCUCCCAGCUGAAAGACCUGGAUUUGAACCAGAAUGAAGUAGGGAAGUCAGCACUGGAAGGGCUCUGCACUCUGCUGAAUAAUCCUAAAUGUGACCUGGAGAAAAUAAAUCUCAGUUUUUGCUGCAUCACAGAAGAAGGAUAUGUUUAUUUGGCUUCAGCCCUGAAAUCAUCACACCUGUUAGAGCUGGAUCUAAGAGGGAACAACCCUGGAGAGAAAGGAGUGAAGCUGCUUACUGAUCUUGUUAUGGAUUCCAAAUGUAAACUUAAGAAUCUGAGAAUGCUGACCGAUGCUGCAGAGAAAGCCUGCAAUUCUCUGUCUCUUGAACUAAAAUCAAAUGCCUUACUCCUGAAAGAGCUCGAUAUUAAUAUAAAAGGAGAUUCAGUAGUGGAGAAACUCUGUGAUCUACUGAAAGAUUUGCACUGCACACUGAAAAUACUUAGACUGAAAAACAGCGAAAUUACAGAGAAAGGCUGUGCUGCUUUAUCAUCCGCUCUUGACUCAAAUCCUUCACACCUAAUCGAACUGGAUCUAAGUGGGAAUAAACUGGGAAAUUUAGGAGUGGAGCACCUCUCUCAUCUACUAAAGAAACCAGAAUGCAAAAUUGAACAACUGAGUCUUUCAUUUUGCAGUAUAGAAAUGGAAGGAUAUGCUGCUCUUGGUUCGGCUUUAAAAUUCAACUCUUCAUCACACCUGAAAGAACUGGAUCUCAGAGGAAAUGAUCCUGGAGCCGCUGGAAAUUAUCCUGCAGAAAGAAAAGGACUAGAUCUACUUAAUGAUUUACAAAUGGAUUCAAAAUUCAGCCUGAAUAAACUAAGACUGCUAAAAGAUUCUGCUGCAGAGGAGGCCUGUGUUUUUAUGACUGGAGUUUUAGGAACAAACCCUAUACCUCUGACUAAGCUGGAUCUGAGUGGGAAAAUACAAGAAGACUCGGAAAUGAAGCAGUUCUCUAUUCUACUUCAAGAUUUACACUUCAGACCUAAGGAACUUAAGUAUGUAACUUAA